AUGGCCGCGGGGCGCCGCGCUCCGCCGCCACCCGGGCGCCUUCUGGCGCUCGUGGCGGCGCUGCUGGGCCUGGCGAGCGGCGGGCAGCGCGGCGGCCACGCGCCCUUCCCGUGGGGCGAGAGCAGGCUGCCCACGCACGUGGUGCCCCUGCACUACGACCUGCUCAUCCACGCCAACCUCAGCACGCUGACCUUCUCCGGCGCAGCCCGAAUCCGCGUGGCGGUCGCGCAGCAGACAGACUGGCUCGUCCUGCACAGCAAGCGCCUGCGCAUCGCCCAGGCCGCCAUCGAGGGCGAGGGCGAGGGCGGCCGUGCUGCGCGGGACGUGCAGGUUUUGGAGCACGAGGCCCGGGAGCAGGUGGCCCUGCGUGCCGCCGAGCCGCUGCGGGCCGGGCACAGCUACACGGUCAGCGUGCGCUACGCUGCCAACCUCUCCGAGGCUUUCCAUGGCUUCUACAAAAGCACCUACAGGGGCCGGGAUGGAGAGCUCAGGGUACUUGCGUCCACACACUUUGAGCCAACAGCUGCACGAAUGGCCUUCCCGUGUUUUGAUGAACCCGCCUUCAAAGCCACAUUUUCGAUCAAGAUUAGGAGGGAGCCAAAGCACCUUGCACUAUCCAACAUGCCACUUGUGAAAACCAUUAAUAUAUCUGCAUCGCUUGUUGAGGACCAUUUUGAUACGAGUGUAAAGAUGAGUACUUACUUGGUGGCCUUUAUUGUUUCAGAUUUUAAAUCGGUCAGCAAAAUAACUAGUCAUGGAGUUAAGAUUUCUGUAUACACAGUACCAGACAAGAUCCACCAAGCUGAUUAUGCUUUGGAUGCAGCAGUAAAACUUUUAGACUUUUAUGAAGAUUAUUUUAGUAUUCCAUAUCCUUUACCUAAACAAGAUUUAGCAGCUAUUCCUGAUUUUGAGUCUGGUGCUAUGGAGAACUGGGGAUUGACCACGUACCGGGAAUCUGCAUUGCUGUAUGACCCUGCAACGUCCUCGGUGUCCUCCAAAUUGUUUAUCACUAUGAUAAUAGCCCAUGAACUGGCUCAUCAGUGGUUUGGCAACCUAGUUACCAUGGAGUGGUGGAAUGACCUGUGGUUAAAUGAAGGGUUUGCAAAGUUUAUGGAGUUUGUGUCGGUCAGCGUUACCCACCCAGAACUGAGAGUCGAAGAUUAUUUCUUAGGCAAAUGUUUUGAUGCCAUGGAAGUUGAUGCGUUAAAUUCAUCACAUCCCAUGUCUACUCCUGUGGAAGAUCCAGCUGAAAUUUUAGAAAUGUUUGAUAAUGUUUCAUAUGAAAAGGGAUCUUGUAUAUUAAAUAUGCUGAGGGACUACAUGGCUGCUGAUGUGUUUAAAGCUGGACUCAAGCAGUAUCUGCAGAAAUACAGCUAUCAAAAUGCAAAAAACGAAGAUUUGUGGAACAGUAUGACAAAGAUUUGCCCUACUGUAGGUACUGAUGAAAGCACAUUAGAAGGUGAUAACUUUUGCAGAAGAAACCAAGAAUCACAUUCAAAUGCACACUGGACCAAAAGAGACACUCUUGAUGUGAGGGCCAUGAUGAACACUUGGACACUGCAGAAGGGUUUUCCCCUCGUAACUGUCACUGUGAGAGGAAAGAAUGUCCAUCUGCAGCAGGAGCGCUACAGGAAGGAAGUGGAUUCUCCUCUGCCCUCAGAGUACUUGUGGCACAUUCCACUAACCUACAUUACCAGUAAAUCUGACAUUGUUCAAAGAUUUUUGAUGACAACUAAAACAGAUGUCUUCAUCCUUCCAAAAGAAGUAGAAUGGAUUAAAUUCAAUGUUGGCAUGAAUGGAUAUUAUAUUGUGCACUAUGAAGAUGAUGGAUGGGAUCGUCUGAUUAACCUUUUGAAAGAGAACCAUACGGCGAUCAGCAGCAACGACAGGGCAAGUCUCAUUAACAAUGUCUUCCAGCUUGUGAGAAUAAAGAAAAUGUCCAUUUCCAAAGCUUUUGAUCUAACUUUAUACCUGAAACAUGAGACAGAAAUCAUGCCUGUAUUCCAAGGUAUGCAGGAACUCAUUCCCAUAUACAAGCUUAUGGAGAGGAGGGACAUGGAUGACACAGCAAAUCAAUUAAAGGAGUAUAUAGUCAAUCUGUUCAGAGACCUAAUCGACAGGCAGUCUUGGAACGAUGACGGCUCGGUGCCGGAGCGAAUGCUCAAGCACUCGCUGCUGCUCUUCGCCUGCGUGUGCGGCUACCAGCCCUGUGUGGACAAAGCACAAGAAUAUUUUGUGAAAUGGCAGAAAUCCAAUGCAACCUUGAGCUUGCCAAGAGAUGUGAAGACAGCCGUGUAUGCUGUUGGAGCACAAACACCUGAAGGCUGGGAUUUCCUCCUUAGUAAAUACAGGCUGCAUUCAUUCAACCUCGAAAAAGAUGCAAUUGCUUUGGCUCUCAGCCUCAGCAAGAAUAAUGACAAACUUCAGUGGUUAAUGGAUCAAGGUCUGCGUGGUGACAUAAUAAAAACACAGGAUCUUCCAUACAUUAUUGGCUUUGUUGCCAGAAACCCAUCUGGUUAUCAUCUGGCUUGGAGAUUUCUGAAGAACAAAUGGGAAGAACUUGUACAAAAGUUUGAACUCGGUUCACGCUCCAUAGCCACCAUUGUCAGCGCAGUGACAAAUCAGUAUUCCCUGAGGUCGCAGCUCCUCGAGGUGAAAGAUUUCUUCAAUUCUCUGGACGAAAAAAGUUCACAGCUGCGUUGUGUCCAACAAGCUAUUGAAACCAUUGAAGACAACAUAAGGUGGAUGGAUAGGAAUUUUGAGGAAAUUGAAACAUGGCUACAAAACAAAAAACUAUAAAACAUUAUUUACAUUUGCCAAAAAUAGCUGAAAAAGCACUGAAAACUCAGAAGUGGAGAGAGAACUAAAUUUGUUUCUUUAAGUUUUCCAAGGCAGUCUAAUCCUGAUGGCCAGAACUUUUAUGUUCCAAGCAAUCCACAGUGCUGAAAUAACCCUAGACUGCUUGUGGAUCGUUUUACCAAGCAGCAGUUUUAAGAAAAAAAAAAAAGCAACUUUUAUUGUCCAGUGGGCUAAGGGUGGCGGAGGUGAUUACUGGAUCUCUGAGAUGUAUUUAUUUCUUCUGAAAAAGUAGAAAAGAGUUGUUACUUUUCUGCAAAGUCAAAUGUUCCACCUGUGAAUGCCUACCCUUCCUCUCUCUUUUUCACAAAGGCCCGGCUGCUUGCUUUAUCUGAUACUUAAGUAAACUCAAAUUAUAGAGCCAGAAACUCUAGAAAGAGGAAAGAAAUUCUUGCUUUCCCUGGGCCUUUAUCUUUGCAGUCUGUGGUGCAGGAAACUAAUUGAAAAAUAUAUAUUAAGCAUCCCAGACCUAGAAAAUGAGUAUCAAUUCUAAUGAACACUGCAUAUUUCAGAGUCAGUUUGGAAAGGGCUAUGUCUAUGCAAGGGUAUUUUUAGUGUUUCAGGGCUGGAGGCAGCUGGUACCAGCUCCAUCUCUGCCACGGUGCUGCAGAGCAGCUGCUGUGCCCUUCACUUGCCCUCAUCCCAGCCUGCUCCACUACAGCAGCACAGCUGACGAGGGAAGAAUUCCAUUAUGUUUUUAUGUUAAGCUUCAGGAAAUGGUGUGGAAUUUUAAAAAAGCACUCAUUUUUGAUUAAUAAGCAGUUUCAGCUAGAACUCCGAAUGAUCAUUAGCCUGAGGUUAAUUGCCGUAAGCAGAAAAAUGAUGAUGACUAUUGUGCCCCCAAAAGCUACAGAAAACUGAGCUGCAUCCAUGGGAGUUUCUUUUUUUUUUUUUCUUUUUUUUUCUCUUUCCCCCAAACAAGCUGAGCGUGACCUUCUCUGAAUACUGAAAUUGUAGAAAUCCUGUAGCUAAUAACCAUUAAAGAAAAUACCAAGUACCUAUCACAUGUGCCUAUGCUGACCUGCUCUUCAUUACCAAGUUUUGGUUCCAUGGCUUUUCUUUUCUCUCCUGUUCUCUGUCCUUUUCCUCCUCGCUAUCUCAAAGGGGUCAAAAGCGUCACUAAAAAGAUUUAGGAAAAAAGAAGUAGGAGCACGAGCUUUUGCCAGCACCUUGUUCCCUAUUCUCACAGCCAGAAAACACUAACUUAGGCACAGGCUGUUGAACACCUAUUUUAUUAGAGCUCAGAAAGACUUUUAACAUCUGCUAAUGACUGGCUAAAGUUCUGUCAGAAUUGCAAGAAGCAAUAGACAGGUGCACAAUUAAACCAAAUUUGUGUGUGUGUGUGUGUAAGUUUGAGAGAUAAUCAAGUCUUAGAGUAAUUGAUAACACACAGGAAGAGUUGAAAACCCAGUAGUUGAGGUAUCACUGCUCUUUAAAAAAUAUUUUCACAGCAAACUUAAAAAAAAGCAAGUUAACAGAACAUCCUUAUUCAUACCCUUCUAGAUAAAAUAUUUUUGUGCAUCAGUUUUUCACCCACUGUCUGUUCCUUUCUGUUGCUAUUAUCAUCUGUUAUGUGCAGUGUAAUUUCCUACAAUAACUCCUUCAUUUUCACUUUGCAAUUUUUCCAGCUACACAUAUUUGCAGAAAAUUGCUGUUGGGCAUUCCUAUCCAAGACAGCUCCCCCAUGCAAUUCCCCAAAUCCUUUUCUCUGUGUUGUUUUUUUAUUAUUAUUUUUAAAUAGAAGCAGCAUUGAUUAUCAGAUAAGUAGAGCCCCUGUAGCCCCCUCUCUAGAAUUGUGACAAGGGGCUUUGUCACAUUUCCUCAUUAAUGGUCAGCAAGUGAACUGCGUGA